AUGUUCCAACCAGCAGAGACACAAUCCUCUGGGAAUACAUUUUCUCAACGUUUGGCCAAACCACGAACAAAGCACAACUCCAAUGGUCUCGGCAAAGCUGAAACAAGCUCCACCAUGACAACCCCUAUCAACACUACACAUGAUUACGCCGAGAACCCCCGAGGCUCAUUCUCCAACGACUCACCUCUCAGCUUGACUGGAUCUGCAUCUUUUCGGAAUUCUGAAUCGCCUUCCAGGUCGGCGGCUAAUCUCGCCAACGAAGGCAUCCGAUCGAGAAAACCUUCGAACAUGGCGAACACAUCUAAACGCCACACUAUCGCUGUAGACAAUUCCGAUGUCGAUGUUGCUGCAGCCAUUGCUCUUUUGCAAGAACUGAAGAAGCGAGCGUCACCCGAGGAUUUGAUUCUUCUUCACAAGGCUCUACUGCCCACCAGAAACGUCGAGCGCACAAUUACCCUCUCCCAGCCGGAACCCAAGGAGCAAGAAGAACCCAUCUCUCCUCUCAUUCGAAGGAGUUCGCUGCUUCCCGCGGGUGUCAAGACUCGCCUCUCCCGUGAACUUUUGAGAAAUUACUCGGAAAACAAUGUCACCGUCCGCUCAGCUUCAGUGUCUAGACAGCAUGUCCCUACCGGGUCUCCAAGGCUUGAUGUGCCUCUCGACUUUGAAGCUUUGGACCUAGCUGAUGGAGGCGCUGAGCUUCAAGGAGGCCGCCCUACCACACCGUCCAACUUCUACCCUCAGAUCGGCACCUACAAGAUGGGUUCUCUGCGCAUUACCAAUGGAUCUGCUUCCCCUGAGCCAGCCCGUCUUCUCCAACGAGCAGAGAAGGCAGGUGUUCAGCGAAAACCUUCAGUGCCAGAAUCGUCAUCUGGCGAAGGGUUCACUACUGCUGAUGAAGGAGAAGCCGACCCAGAGUCCAUCCGCCCAAGUCGUGCUACAGUGGUCUCUCUGCGAGCACCACGAAGAAGUUCAGAGCAACAAGAUAGGAAGCCUUCAUCCGAUGCACGUGCUAGAUCCAAGAGCAGGGGCCCUCCCGUUCGCCGCGGUGUCGAGGCCGAGACAAGCAGAUCUGCUGCUCAGCCGAGCCGACCCCAAGCUGCUCAACGUGCUUCCGAAUACGCCCAGGAGUAUACAUCUGAGUUCGACACACUCGAGAACCCACACAUGAGCAAUCCGGCUUUGACUACUACUGUCUCACGUCUGAGCACCGUCCAUGACGAGUCCCCGGUCGAAGGUGGCGUUGACGCUCGUGAGGAAGCUCUGAGAAAGCUCACUGGUGAUGCACCUACAGCAAGCAGUCGUGGCCAGAAGCCUCAGACGCAGAAACACCUCAAUGUUGCCCGUCCUCCUAUGACUAAGAGCGACAGUGGAUACAGCUCUGAGGCCUCAAGGAGGUCAAUCAUAAGGGAGAACAAUUGCGACGAGGUCCUCAAUGCCGCGCUCGGCGCUGCAGAUCAAGCUGAGCGUACUCGUUCCAAGGAAUCUCUGCCAGCCGUGAGACCUUCCUUGGAGCAGAUCAGUGAAGACAAUGUCUCGUCGCCUCAGUCUCCAUACAUGCAACAGCAGAUUUCAGCAGUUCAGAAGGCCGAGAGGCAUCGAAGCUUGCCGAGUUUCUUCUUCAAGAAGUCAUCUUCAAGCACCUCCGUCAACAAAAUCGCUACACCCUCAGUCACCCCAGCCAAGCAGACUAAAAAGCUUCAAAAAUCUCGUCCACAGUCCCAGAUGAUCGUACCAGAGCAAGUGCAAGAGCAAGAACCAGUGCUGCCAGAAGUUGAACCGGAAUUCAUUUCUGGGGAUCUGGAAGAUCUGUCCGUCAACUUCUCUCGCCCAACUCGUCGCUUGGAACGUGGACCCUCCGCAUCUCCUCAAACGCAAGAAGAGAACGACAGAGAUGUUCGCGGAAGGGGACGUAGCCGCAGAGAGGAUGCCUCGCAGGCCGCUGCCGCCGAAGGCUCGCCUGACGGUACCACCAGAAAGAGGAGCAGAAGCUUCUUCCGCUUCCGUAGCCGCAGCAGAAGCAAGAGUCAACAUCGCAGAGAGGAAGAUGUAACCGUCCUCUCAGUCGCUGACGAGCCCCUCCCUGCUCAUGACUUUUCGGAUUUUGGUACAGUAGCACAAUCUCUCGGUCAAUCGCCUUACGAUAUUGCUACUCGUAGGGUCAAGCAGAUGGGACCCUAUGAUCCAUCCAAGCCUUGGUUCCACCCCCACGAGAUCAGUCGCGCCGCUCCCAAGCCCGAUAUCAGCUCGGAGGUGCAACAAACCCGUGGCAAGUCUGUUGAUCGUAGUCGACAGGAUAGAGCGCGCAGUCAAAGCCGUCCUCGCGAGUCAAUUGACGCUGUUCUGUCAAGGCCACCGACAAGAGGGAAGUCAAGAAGAUCCCAAAGUGCCCACAAUAUUGCCGUCCCAAGAGUUCCUGAGGCAGUGCCUGAACUUCCUAAGCAGACUGAGACAAUGUCUGGGACUUUCUCUCGCCCUGCUUCGAAAGACGGCAACGUCAGAGUCGGCACUAUCGAUUUCGGCACUGGAUUUGCCCAAGGCCGUCUGGAACCUAUCCUCACCAGCUCCGAGAAGGCAAAGGCGAGACGCCGUACACAGUCCGUUGCUCCACGAGUUCGUCCAAAAAGUGCUGUGAUUACCGAGGAGGCAGUGCCCCAGCGUGAGGCACAACAGCCAGCCCAGGCACCUUGCACUGAGGCACCUAAGGCACCGGUGCGCGAACUGCCUCAGGUGCCUACCGAGAAGCCAUCGAGGGCUUUGCCUCUUGAGCUACCUCAGCUCCCAUCUAGAGCUCCUCCCAAGGUCCCCACCCAUGAAAAGCAGCCCAAAAACACGCGCCUCUCGGUGUUCACCAAGUCUACUGGCUCCGAAGAAUCAUCCUCUGUACCUCGCAUGCCUGUCUCGCCAGUGUCCCCCGCAGCUAGAUCCUCUUGGGAGAGUCAGGCCUUGGCCUGGCGCGAGCGCAAGCAGAGCCUCAACGACAUGCUUUCGUCUCCCACGGUCGAGAGAAAGAGCUUCGCUUCGUCGACACCUACGUCUCCAGCCAUUCAGGCGUACUCACCCACGAUGCAAGCCCCUCGCCGUGCUCCCACGGUCAUUGUGUCUCGAUACAUCACACCUCAAGGCUCUGAGUUUGCUAUGCACUUGGGUGAGGAGGGCCCCUACAGGAAGCUCCACUCCGAAGAUCCCUACAGGCACCGCUCAGAGGAUCCCUACAGAAAGCUGCACUCAGACAACCCUACCGAUUUGCGCCCUGCCCAGGAUGAUGUCGAGCGCACCGAUUCUAGCUCAACGUACCGUACUGCAACCUCGGAGAGAUCUCAGGACUCGUUCGCGUCCAGAGACAGCGCAAAGUACCGUACCCACCGUCCUACCGAGAACACCAGCCAGGAGAAGACUUCGACUCCCCCAUCCAGAAGCAACAUCACACAAAAGAGAUCAAGUCGUGUAUACGAGCAGCCAUCAUCCCAAUCUCAGUCCAUGCCUCGUCCUCAGCGUCGCUCCACUGCACCUCCGGAGGCCCAAGAUGUCCCCUACGACAGAUUCUCUGGAGGCUUGGGUUAUGGUUGGGAGCGUGGCAUCGGCUUUGGCGGCAGCGCCGGCACCAGACAGAAGAAUGACACCAAGGCUGCCAGAAAGAGUGUGGCUAUCAGCCAGAGCUUUGGUGUUGAUCUGAGUGACGUGCCUGUGUUUAUGGUUAGGAACUAA